UGUCUUCACGUUGCUGACCCCUUCCUGUAUCAUUUCUUUGGUUAAACCUCCCAUAAUCUCCUCCAUAAAACCCCCUCCGGUUUAUUCGUUUCCUCUCCAUCGUUUUCUUCGCUUUCGAUUUUGUCGCCUUUCUCCUCCCAUGGCUUCUUUGUUUUUCUAAAGUAAUCUCUCCAUUUCAAUUCAAUCAAUGGGCUUAUCCAACCGAGAACACGCCGUCGCCGGUGAGAAAAGGCACUUGCUGGACGAUGGAGUUUUCGCCGGGAAUAAAAUCAACGGGAAUCUCGAGAAGAUUUCGAAUGGAUAUGCUCACGAUUUGCACUCUGAUUCUCGAAUUUUAAACUGCGAAAAUAGUGUAGAUGAAGAUAUUCAAGAUUCUAAUGAUUUUGUUGUUGAAGCUCCGGAGGAACGUUUGACACGAGAAGAGGAAGAGUUUUCGGAAAUCGAGAUGGGGAAGCGCGACGUAGAAGAUAUCGUUGUUAACGAUUCGGAAACAACAUUAUCGCAGGAAAUAGGAAAUAGCGCUCCCGAUACUCGCGAGAAUCAUGACAUAACCGUUGGAAAAGAAAUCAGGGGGCAUGAAGGGAUUGAGCAGCCUCUUGCACAGCUGCCGAAGCCAGAGGCACCACCUGGCGUCUCCAUCUCAACCACACCACCUCCGUCUGGCGAAGACGAUUCUAACGAGCUGAUCCGAUCGCAAUCCUUGACGGAGAAUCUUAACGUCGACAUGCCUGCGAUCGGCAAGUUUAUACGCGAGAGAAGCAACAGCAUAUCCGCGGCGAUUGCGAAACGGUUGUCUUCUCUUAAAGAUAGCGGCGACUUUGACGAUUCGAAAAUGAACUCGGUGGACUCGGAAGUGACCGAGUUCAACAUCUCCGGACUCAAAGUAAUCGUCAAGCUCAAAAACGAAGACGAAGAGCUCAAAGGUCUCAUAAGCUUCUUCUCGAGAUCGAACUGCAGAGACUGCACAGCAGUCCGCACGUUUUUCAGGGAGAGAGGAUUGAAGUUCGUUGAAAUCAACAUCGACGUUUAUCCUCAGAGAGAAAAAGAGUUGAUCGAGAGGACAGGGAGCUCACAGGUGCCGCAGAUUUUCUUCAACGAGAAGCUGUUUGGAGGUCUUGUGGCGUUGAAUUCGUUGAGGAACAGUGGGUGUUUUGAGCACAGGUUGAAGGAAAUGUUAGGCAAGAAAUGUCCUGAUGGUUCGCCUGCACCGCCUGUGUACGGGUUUGAUGAUCCGGAGGAGGAAUCGACGGACGAGAUGGUGACGAUCGUGAGGGUGUUGCAUCAGAGAUUGCCCAUCCAGGACCGUCUAAUGAAAAUGAAGAUCGUCAAGAACUGCUUCGCAGGGGCUGAGCUUGUGGAGGUGCUGAUCCAUCACUUGGACUGCGGCAGGAGGAAGGCCAUUGAUGUUGGAAAGCAGCUAGCAAGGAAGCACUUCAUCCAUCAUGUCUUUGGGCAGAAUGAUUUUGAAGAUGGAAACCAUUUUUACCGUUUUCUAGAGCAUGAACCAUUUAUUCCCAAAUGCUACAAUUUCCGAGGAUUUACAAAUGAUUGUGAACCUAAGCCGGCAUCUAUGGUUUGCCAAAGGCUCACCAAAAUAAUGUCUGCCAUACUUGAGUCGUACACCUCUGACAACAGGUGCCAUGUUGAUUAUGCAAACAUCAGCAAGAGUGAGGAAUUCCGGAGAUAUGUAAAUUUGACUCAAGAUCUUCAAAGGUUAAACCUCCUUGAAUUGUCACCUCACGAGAAGUUGGCCUUCUUUCUGAAUUUGCAUAAUGCAAUGGUGAUCCAUGCUGUAAUUAGGCUAGGGCAUCCUGAAGGGAUGAACGAUAGUAGAUCUAUCUCUUCUGAUUUCCAGUAUAUUGUAGGAGGGUAUCCGUACUCCCUCAAUACAAUAAAGAACGGCAUUCUCAGAAGCAACCGGAGAGCGCCCUACUCCUUGGUCAAGCCCUUUGGUACCGGAGACGGGCGCUUAGAGAUUGCUCUUCCCAAAGUGAAUCCAUUAAUUCAUUUUGGACUUUGCAAUGGGACAAGGUCGAGUCCAAUAGUAAGGUUCUUCACACCCCAAGGGAUUGAAUCUGAAUUACGGUAUGCUGCAAGAGACUUCUUUCAAAAGAGUAGAAUGGAGGUGGACUUGGAAAAGAGGACAGUUCAUCUUACGCGGAUCAUUAAAUGGUUCAGUGCUGAUUUUGGGCAAGAGAAAGAAAUCCUGAAAUGGAUCAUCAAUUACUUGGAUGCAACAAAGGCAGGUCUUUUAACGCAUCUAUUGAGUGAUGGAGGCCCAAUUAACAUUGUGUACCAAGACUACGAUUGGUCUGCGAAUUCCUGAUCAGUACAAAUUGGCUGUCUAUUGGAUAUGUCAUUUAGAUAGAGAGUGAGAGAGUUUGAUGGGUAUGAUGUGGUAUAGAAGAACCUGCCCUGCCCUGACCAAUGACAUUUUGUAUAGAAUACCUUGAGAUUUGAUAUUUGUCAUCUGGCCUUGAGCAGAGGUUUCACAGAAGAAGAUAUAGGAAUUUUGAGUGAAUAUUUUCUAUUGAAUUUUGGGCAACAAUUUUACAUCUGGGAAAGGGAAAAGAAAUUAGUCUUGUUGAAACAUCGCUUCCCUUUUCCUGUUUCUGCAUGGUGAACGGAUGGUGAAGAAUUAGUCUGAGGCACACCACAUGGAUGCAGUUAGGAAUGGCUUCAUAUAUCCCCUUUCCUGGCAAUAAUAUGUUUCAUAUAGUCUGCAUUUCCAGUGCUGGAAACUCAUCAAAGCCGAUGCUGUCAAUAACAAUGGUUACUAUAGUUAUAUACUUGCAGUGAAUGCUUUGUGGAA